AUGGAUGUUGAUCCUAUAUUUUGCACCCCAAGAAAACCUAUAACUGAUGACCGUUUAAAUUUUUUAAAAACCCAAAUACUAUCAACGCCUAUAGUUCAAAAAACCCAUGAACAACCAAAAUCACUGCGAGAAUCCAUCGAUUUAAUGAAUGAUUCUCAAAAAGGUGUUACAAGUCAUUUUUCUGAGAAUAAAUCGCAAAAACAAAUUGCGCCAGGGAACAGUGCCAAUAUUACUUUGAAAAUACCCAAAAUCAAUGUAGAAAGAGAAACGAGGAGGUUAAUUUGGAGUGUCGUUACAAUAUUUGCUGUUCAUUUAGUAGUGAAAUUUAUUGAAUUAAUAAUUUGGAAAUCCCAAGGGUUGGUACUAAAAUUGAAUUUGGAUAUUAUUUUUGAAGAAUAUUUCCUGAAAAAUAGUACUAUUGCAUAUUUGUUUAAUGUUUGUUUUUUUUAUUUAAAAAACGUUUUGACAUUGCCUAAUAUUGAAAAGUGGAUUUUUAGAUUAUUGCUUUUAAACAUUUCUAUUUCUUUAUAUAAAUUGAUCCAAUAUCGAAGAUUUAGAAUUAUAGAGGAGAAGAUUGUUAAUACAAAAAAAAACGACAAUAAUAUUCGUAAUGUGCUUAAAACACCGAUCGCUUCCAGAGAUGUUGAUUCUACUUCUAUUUCGGAGAAUAAAAAAGAUGAUGGUUUUUCUACGUCUUCAAGAAUUGAUAGAAUACCACAAGGUAAGUCUAUCGAUAAAGUACCAUAUCUAUUUAAAGGUAUUGAAUCUACUCCAUUGAAAAGUCUUAAUGUUGAAAAAUCUUCCAAUGCUUUAUUAAGUGAUACUAAUAUCAGUAAAAUUAUGUUAAACAAAUAUUCUGCAUCUAGCUUAUCAUUACCUGUUACACCAAUUAAGAGCAGUGGUUAUAUCCCCAGUAAUAAAUAUGCUUAUAAAAUGAUGGAUUCUCCCUCAUUAAAAAGAAAAAUCUAA